AGUAUAAAAUUACAAUCUCUGUUGUGUCUUCCAAACGCUUAAUGUAUCGAAUAAACCAGCGACUGAGUAGCUUUCACACAAAGAUAAACAAAGAUUGCGUUAUCUUAUCGCUUUGUCGCGGAUAAGAUAAGAAAAAUUAAGGCAAACAUGAAAUUGUAUAACAAUCCACUCAUAGGUGUAAAGCACUGGGUCCAAAACCAAAAUUUUCUAAAGAGAAAAAGCCAAGUCUCGGGAAAAUCGAUACAAUAUAUCCUGACGUGGCUGUAAAAUAUACGACAUUAGAAUGUGAUUAUUACAUUGCGUGUCUGUAUUUAUUUUUCCAUCGUCAAGUGUCAUGCAUCUGUGUGCAAUGUUUCUUGUGCCGAAAUGUGCUCCUGAAGAUGAACACGUGACGAAACGUUUCUAAGCGCCUUUAAAAUGACCGAUUCCGUAAUCAAACACUACAAAAAACAACUGCUCUACCAGCACGACAACACCGCCAAAAAUGACUACAUUACGGACAGCAAAACGCGCAGAAAACGAAAAAACAAAAUCUGCAGAGGCCAGUUCAGACACGACGCUAUGGAACUGAUAAAGCUGGGGGCACCUGCCUCGCGCCUCGAAAAACCGCCGGCCUACCCACCGCCCCCGUUCUACCGCCACACGCUGCCCCAGAUGGUGCCAACGUUCAGCCCCUCGAAGAUGCCACAGAGCCCGUUCAGGCCGCACCCCAUCGUGCGCCCCAUUCCCAUCCACGGCACGCAAAUCCCGCCAAGCCACCCCAGGAAGCGGAAACUGGAGUCGCCCCCGGUCGUUGCAGCGAUUGACCUGACCGUCGAAAGCAAGCCAAAGUGCAGCUGUGCGGAGGAAUCAGAAAACAAGACAAUGAAGUUGCCACAGUUGUUCCUCAUUAAGGACCUUUUGGCCAAGGGCGUCCGAAUUGAACAAAAGCCUCGCCAAAGGCCGGUGAUUGUCAGCACGAAGGACUACAGUGCUACAAUUACAGAUCGGAGAGUGUCGGACGACGUCGACACUAUAAGCGUGAGCAGCGGCGAGUCGGUGAAUUCCCCAUCCAAGCCCCCAAUCAACCGUCAAAUCCCUCAAGGAAAGUUGUUUUACUACAAAAACAACAACAGUCUCAUUCGCUAUUUCGACGAUACGCAGAAGAAGUUAUUUUUCGACAGCAUUUCGAGGGACGGGAUUGCGGGCGGCGCCCCGGACGACAAAGAAAUCAUCCAGUUGCCCAAAACGGCCGCUUUUAGCCCCAAAGAUAAUCUCACAGUGGAAGAAUACGUGUUUGAAAUGACCCAAGUCGAAAAAUAUGUUCCUCGCGAUUUUUUCCUCUUCUAUAAGUUCGUCACCGGUUAUCAGAUUUGUAACAACAAUCUUCCGGUGUCGUUUUUGACCUUUUUGAAGGUUUACAACACCAACGGUUUGAAGGUUCUGCUCGAAAGGUACAUCAAUAGUUUGAAAGAGAAUUAAAUUGUACCGCUUACUGUAAUAUUUAUUUUUUGCUACUUAAAACUUACUAAUUUAUCUAUCUUUUGUAUUGUUCAAUUUGAAAUAAAAAUGAUGUGUCUGAA